AUGGGAGAGAGCUCGCCGGAUCUCAGCCUCCGGCUACGCCAAGGCAGCUCCGAUUCCAGAGACUCCUUCUACAUGGACUUUGCUCAGGGUAUCGAUUCCGAUAUCGAGGAAGUGACGCGACCAGGCGACAAUAAUUCCGAUCCCAUGCUAGAAAAUCAUCUGGAGGAGAACGGAAACGACCUGCCGCCGAUUGAGGACAUCACAACGAUCCCCGAAGAAGCCUCCGAAGAGUUGAGGGAGGAGGAAGAGGCAGCCGCGUUGGAGGCUGCGCUUCGAACGCCAGACGGCGGCGCGAUUAGCACGGAAAUCAGGAAACCGUCGGCUGCGACGCUCACGCAGGACUGGCCAGGAUUGCCAGUCGCUCUACCAUCACCAGCAUCGCCAUCCGCGGUAAUCGUCUCGCCGGAAACGCUGUCUAGACACAGCAGCAGCUCACCUUCUCGCGUUCACCGACCACCCCAGUUUGCGUUGGCCCUGCCAUGUUCCUCGCAACCGAUUCCGGCGGUCUGCUAUCCGGCGCCGACCUUCCUCGAGGUCACCGACGAGCGGAAGUGGAAGAACCUUGGAUGCGACGCCCUGGCGACCACUUUGAGCGCAUUGUACGGGAAACUUCUGGUUGUGAUGGGGAUCGCCUUUCCCAUGGCGGAAGUAAUAUCCACGUACAUACCGCCGUCGUUCUAUGAGGCUUUCUACCUUUAUCUCUACUUUGGCAGCAUGAUUUUCCUGGUCUACAUGUACAUUAUGUUGUUCAGAGACAACAAGACAAAGCCGACAGAGAAGCAGAAGGAGGUGUGCGAUCUGGACUCGUCGAGAUCGUCAAGUGGCGCCGGCGGUGACAGCGACACGCCUGAGAACGGAUAUCCGCACAUGCAUCCGGGAUAUCCGGUCCAGCAUUACGGCAGCUUCUAUCUGCGAAUGGGCGCUGUCGCAUUCGGCAUCGGCUCGAUGAUCUAUUCCGGAUUAGAAUUCGGUCAAUAUUUCGAGCUGGAACAGAACACCAAGUGUCACAACAUCAUGCUGGCUCUCACGCCGGCCACGAGGAUGGCCUUCAUCUUCAUUCAGAUGUACUUCAUAUUCCUAAAUAAUGAGCAAAUGAAGGUUCAUCGCCAUCGCGUUGUAGCACGUUUCGGACUAAUGCACAUGAUUGGCACGAAUCUGUCAGUCUGGCUGAACGUUCUCGUGCAGGAAACGAAACACGAGAUCCUCACCUUUUACAAUCCGGAGAACAACUCUCUCAGAAUCUCUCAUAGACUUGGCUCAAAGGGUGGACUUCAUCUCGGCGGUCACACUCACUCUCAUCACGGAGAACACGUGCGACUCCCACGCGGUCUCAAAGGACCCCAUCACAUGUUCGAAUGCAGAAGAACGAAUAUAAUGGGAUCGUUGGUGCAAGAUGCCAGCCCCUUCCUCUUUCCGUGUACGAUAGAAUAUAGCUUGAUUUGUGCGGCCAUUUUAUACGUUAUGUGGAAAAACAUAUCGAAAAUCGGAUUCACGCAGCCUACGACACCGCCUGGCUCGCGUCAUCACGCACAUGCCUACAGGAAGUCGCCUCAUCAUUACAGCGUAGACUGCGCCCGCGCGCACAAGGGCCUGUUCGUAGGCAUAUUGAUUCUGGUGCUGACCAUAAUCUCCUUGAUCCUCUUCUUCGUCCUCAUUUCGCGACCCGAGCUGGUCAGCCUCGCCGUGACCGAGGUGAACGUCUGCGAGCUGACGCUGUACGGGAUGUCCACCCUGGCGACGCUGAUCGGCAUGUUCCAGAUGCGCAAACUGCGCUACGACGGCGGCAGAAAUCUCGAGCUCGACAACAUCCUCCUGGUGGCCGCGCAGACCGGCAUGUUUAUCUAUUCCACGUUUACCAUCAUCGGCGGACACUUCACCCUGCAGAAGCACACCGUCCUCGUGCUGGUCACCGCUCUGGCCAGCGUCGUCCAGACUACCUGCCAAACCAUCUUCAUCCUGGACGCGUCCAGACGUUCGGUCGCCACCGCCGAGCAGAUACGGCGAAAGCCGGGCAGGGAGAUCGUGACGUUUCUGCUGGUGACGAAUCUAGCCAUGUGGGCGAUCAACACUCUGGAGAAGUCCCGAGCGGAAUCGCAUCCGGUACAGUUGCACUUCUACGGCCUGUGGGCGUGGACGAUCAUUACCCACGUCUCGAUGCCGCUGGCUAUUUUUUACAGAUUCCACAGCACCGUGUGUCUGUGCGAGAUAUGGAAGCGGGCCUACAAGGUCAAACCGACCUACAUGUGACGCAAGAGAUCCCGCGAGAUCAUAUGGAAGACCGGGGGUGCGCCGCAACGGCCCAAGAGCCAACAGUCGAGGCUUCACGCCAUCGCGGAGAACGAUCCGGCAUAUUUCAUAUGAUCGAGAGAAAUAUCGAAUCGCUGCGACCGUUGAAGCUGGCGCGAAAUCCGUCUCGAAGAGGAAGAGUAGUCAACAUCGAGUUUUUUUUUUUAGAUGAACAGAACUUUUCUGGACGUUCAAACACGAUUAAAGCGAUGACAUACGCACACAAUUCAUAGGCGCGAGAUAGGUAUUCACUCCAGGAUAUCUCAGAAAAGUUUUUACUGGAUAGAUUCGGAGAUUUCUGAUGACAUUUGAAUAUUACAUGCGUAAAUUGACUGUUUCGAGAAGAAUGCAGGAAAAUAUUGAUAAAGAAAAACCGUCACGUAAACUCAUUUAUUGAAAGUCGAUGUCCCUAGCUAGCAUUGUACAAAUAUAUUUCGUAUAUAUAAAUAUGGACGAGGCUAUAAAAUUGAUAUAACUGUCACUGUUUCAAACCAUCAUCAAUUUCUAACAAGAAUCACCUGUUCGUCGAGUUCACUCUCGCUAGAAUAAUCAUGACAUGAAUUUUAGCAACCUGUAGAAACGAACUAUCUCUGGAGAUGCGUGUGUUGAGAUCCCUUCGUCGAUAUAAGCGAUUUAUCGAGAUACAAUAUUAUAUACGGUCUCCUUAACUACUUUUUAGAGGUUCAAUAUUAAUCCUCUUACUCGCCAUUGAUAUCUGUAAAUAGCUUCUUUACCAAGCAGCAAAACCUAUGCAAAGUAGGGGAGAUUUAUGAAACCGCACAAACAUAACGCGCACUUAACAGAAUCGCAGAUUUUGCUGCGAUAAAAGGAUAUGACGCGUGCAUUGAUAUUUCGCUUUCUCACAGCUUUCGUCCCACGCGAAUGAUCCUAAAAAUGACAGCACGAGCUCACCGUACAUAAGAAUCAUUCGAUGAACGCAAUUUUUAUCGCGAUAGCAGACGAACGAUCUCGCUGAUCUGGUAUUGAGCGAAUAAGGAGAUGAGAAAAAGAUCGUUUACCUAUAUCAUAUAAGAAAUUAUCUCAAUCAAUUGUACUUCUGAAAUCGAUCUAACUGCUUAAACAAAUCUCCCGGAAUAAAAUUCAUGGGUAAACGUUAAAAUGACACGUAAUAAUUUUCUAAAUUUUUUUCUCGUUUAAAGAUAAUAAUCAAAUAUGUUUCCUCAAUUCAAUCGAUUGACAGAUAGGACGUAGAAAGUUCGAAGAAACAUAAUUGACCAUGAUUUUUGUUAAUCGUACGUGAAUUAGCGCUCUCUCAGAUGUCUAAAACGCACAUUUUUUAGAUGACAAAGUGUACACGCGUUAGAAAUAGAAAGGACUAGAUUUUUCUUAGAAACAAUCUGAUCGAAGCGGCUGGCGUAGGCCUUUCUUCGGCCUUUAAGGGAACAAUAAAUCUUCGUUCGAUAAAUUUUUCUAUCUAUUCCGAGCGACGAGUGAGAAGAGGGAUGCAAAGAGUCUCCUCUCUCGCUCUCUCUCAUAAGACUGAAACGAACGUUAGGGGAGCGGUCGAGAUGGACCGAGUAUAAAUCCUGAUCCACUUCGUCUGGCUAUAACUCGUUCGUUCGACGUAAUUCAUGGCAUUCGAAUACUCUCACGGAUAUCCGUCUUCCACGUAGUACAAACUGCAGUUUAAACAACAAUCGUCCAUGCAGAUGAUUCGGGAAUUAAAAUGGCGAUAGGAGAUUAAACAAAAAUUACGAGUACAAUAGUAUAAGAGAUGAUAUCGUAGUACACUGAUAUUAUUCGCAAAUAUUUUCCUAACUAACGAAAUUUUAUCUUUCUAAUUGAUAAACAAAUACCGUAAUUAAUUAGUAGUAAUAACGAUGUAACGUUUCUAUUUACCUUUCGCUUUUUUAUUUACCCGACUCGAAAUUGAUACUCGCCCCGUGAACUUGAUAUUUUAGAGCCUCACACACACUGUCCAUGUAUAAUUCGAGACAAAAAGAUAGAGAUAAUAAAUAUUCUAAAGGAAUAAUGCGCACAGAAAUUUGAGAGCUUUAGCCAUUUUAUACCUAAAAGGAUGUACGCACAAGGCAAAUAUAAUUUUACACAUUAUCACUAUCGUAGAAAUGAAUUCGUAGAAACGAAAAUAAUUAGUGCUACUGUUGCGAUUAUAUAGUACAUGGAUAUUUUAUUCUCGGCGUUGGAUUUGUAUUAUCGAGAGAAACUAAUUUUACGUCGGGCUCAGAAAGGUGAUCAGGAUUCAAAUCGAUGCACGAACGUCUGUCGGACACUCGUGUGAUUUUCAGAGCUAGAUUACAGAGACGAAAAAAACUGAAGACGCGUUCGAAGUAGAAAAUAUAAUAACAGUACAACGGCUGAUCAUAUCAUUAAGCCUUAAAUCCGUCGAGAAGAGUGCUGUCCGAGCUCUAAUAAGAGAGAUUAAGAGGGAUCAAGAUCGAUUGCGAUCAAAAGCGCGAUCUCGAAACUAGAAGCGACCUACUCGAAUUUCUUUUAAUGCUUAACUCACAGAUGUGAUGGUGAGAGGAUCACAGAUGCGAAUGAACAAACUGAGACGUGAUCACGUACGGGUACGCGUGUGUGCGUGUAUGCAAAGAUAUGUGUGUGUGUGUGUGUAUGUGUGUGUGUGUGGCCUUGUACAUGAAACGAAAGAAAAAAAAAAGAUACAGAGAAAGGAGGGAAAGUCGAGAUCUAACGGAAAUAUGUAUAAGCGUUUAUAGGUAAUACGUGUUUCGUGCUAGAAGCUUUGAUAUAUCGAUUAUCGCCGUUGCGAAUUAUAGUUAUCCGAUCGGUGCGCAGUCGAUUUUUUUGUAAAAUAUAGUUUCUCUAAGACGGUUGUAAAUAAACGAAGGAGAUAUACAAUAAAAGAGCGAAAUUCUCUCGGUGUUUAGCGCUAGUUGUGUCGACAUGUUUCUUCCUAUAGCAUAUAUAUAUAUAUAUAUAAUAUAUAUAUACACAUAUUUAUAUAUACAAGAUAUAAAUAUAUUUAUUAUUACGUUGUUCUAUUAUAAUAUUUAUUGUAAUAUCUGACAUAUAGAAUUUACGCGCGACAUGUUACGUUUAUUGAAAGUCCCAAGGACUCAUGCCGAGAUCUCACAUGUUUCUCCUCUCUUUUACUUCUACUACUCCUAAAUAGAGCAAUUAGAACACAAGACGAAUAUUUCAAUGACAAGACAAAACUCUAAAGAAAAAUAUUAAACGAUGAUAUAAAUUUAAUUGUUGUAAUUAUUUAAAUAAUCCACAUUUUCACUUCCAAUGUUGCAAGAAUAAAUCUCUUGCUGGACACUCGUCCUAUCCUUGCCGGAUAGAUUUUUCUGCACAUCGUUGACGCAUUUACGGAUCUCGGCAUAAGUCUUUUCCGUAAAAAGAUGAAAACCAGGGCGAAAUUACGAAAGAACGCAAUUCGCACUCGCGAGUGAUAUAAGAGGGAAACGAGUAGAGGAAAUGGGUUCUCUCUCUUUAUUAUAUCACACUUCUAAACUGUACUUUUUCUAUGUCCGCAUAAUCUAGUUCCUACGCAAUGUUUGUACUCUUAUACCCUUUGUACUAUUUGUACCUUACGAAUUGCAAUACACUCGUCCGCAAUAAA